UGUGCAGCACCCCUGCCCCAGGGCCUUUGCCCGACAGGUGGCCAGGGGCUCACUGUCUUCCCACUUCUCUGCGGACGAAAGGGGAACCAGUUAAUGAUGCCUGUCAACAUGAAGCAGAGUGAACCGCCGUGGAGCGACUGAAGCAGAUCACCUCCUGCUCUUCCUGCCACUUGCAGAGGCAUGCCCGUGGGUGCCCUGCCCGGACUAGACGCCACCAGCUCUGUGCCAAGCGCACACACGGGGGGAAACCGGACGGAACCGCGGGCAGCUGUGCAGCUCUUUGCCUCCUUCUGUUCCCCUGAGCUCCGCGGUCGAACUCCUCCUGUGCUCUGCUUAGGAAGAAAGGCACGAGGACCUGUGCCGGAGUCCCAGUCCCCUUGGUGGCCAGGGGAGCGCGUGAGAGUCAGCAUGGUCCAGAGGGGAGGAGCCAGACCCGGAGUCAAGGCCUGGCUCCGUCAGUGACCAAAGGGACGAGGGCUUCAGCUGCUGUGUCUCGGGCCCAAACUUGUAAGACAGGAUGAUACAGCAACCACGGAAUAGAGACCUGGCGAGAUCGGAACGCCUGACUCACGGCUUGUUCCCCGCCAUUCUCAAUCUGGCCACCAAUGCUGAGAUUAGCGCCAAUGCCACUUGUGGUGAGAAGGGACCUGAGAUGUCCUGCAAACUCGUGGAGCACGUGCCCGGCAGGCGUGUACGUAACGCUCAGUGCCGGCUCUGUGAUGCCAACAGUGCAAACCCUAAAGAACGCCACCCGAUAUCAAAUGCGAUCGAUGGCACCAAUAACUGGUGGCAGAGCCCCAGCAUUCAGAACGGGAGAGUGUACCACUGGGUCACCAUCACGCUGGACUUACGACAGGUCUUUCAGGUGGCCUACAUCAUCAUCAAAGCAGCCAAUGCCCCGCGACCUGGAAACUGGAUUUUGGAGCGCUCCCUGGACGGCGUCACAUUCAGCCCCUGGCAGUACUACGCGGUCAGCGACUCCGAGUGCUUGACGCGCUACAACAUCACCCCACGGCGCGGGCCGCCCACCUACCGAGCUGACGAUGAAGUGAUCUGCACCUCCUAUUACUCCAGGCUCGUGCCGCUGGAGCACGGAGAGAUUCAUACGUCGCUCGUCAAUGGCAGGCCCAGUGCCGACGACCUCUCGCCCAGGCUGCUGGAGUUCACCUCCGCCCGGUACAUCCGCCUCCGCCUGCAGCGCAUCAGGACGCUCAACGCAGACCUCAUGACCCUCAGCCACCUGGACCCCAGGGACAUCGACCCCAUCGUCACGCGGCGGUACUACUACUCCAUCAAAGACAUUUCUGUGGGAGGGAUGUGCAUCUGCCACGGCCACGCAAGUAGCUGUCCGUGGGAUGACACCACAAAGCGACUGCGGUGCCAGUGUGAGCACAACACCUGCGGGAUCAGCUGCGACAGGUGCUGCCCCGGCUUCCAUCAGCAGCCCUGGAGGCCAGGCACCGUGUCCUCCGGCAACUCCUGUGAAGAGUGCAACUGCCACCACAAAGCCAAAGACUGCUACUAUGACCAGGACGUUGCGAACCAGAAGAGAAGCCUGAACACCGCGGGGCAGUUCCGAGGAGGCGGCGUGUGCAUCGGCUGCCAGCAGAACACCAUGGGGAUCAACUGUGAAGCCUGUGUGGACGGUUACUACAGGCCGCAUAAGGUGUCGCCUUACGAGGAUGAGCCCUGUCGUCCCUGUGACUGCGACCAGCUGGGGUCCCUCAGCUCUGUCUGCAUUAAGGACGAUCUCCAGUCUAACUCACACAACGGACUCUGGCCGGGGCAGUGUCCCUGCAAGGAGGGUUAUGCAGGAGAGAGGUGUGACCGCUGCCAGUUUGGCUACAGGGGCUUCCCGAGCUGUGUGCGCUGUAACUGCAGCCCGGCGGGCAGUGUGAACGACGACCCGUGUGCAGAGCCGUGUCUUUGCAAGGACAAUGUGGAGGGGGAAGCCUGUGACCACUGCAAGCCAGGGUUCUACAACCUGCAGGAGAAGGACCCGCAGGGCUGCUCCGAAUGCUUCUGCUUCGGCCUGUCCAGUGUCUGCGACAGCCUUUCUUGGCCCCUGGGUCAGGUGAACGACAUGUCUGGGUGGAUGGUCACGGACCUGGCCGGUGCCAGGGAGCUCAAGUCCCAGCAGGAGGCGGCGGGUGGGCGCCAGAUCAGCAUCAGCCACGCGGAGGUGGCACACAGUCUGGGCACCAGGUACUACUGGUCGGCCCCCGAGGCCUACCUGGGGAACAAGCUGACCGCGUUCGGUGGCUUCCUGAGGUACACGGUGUCCUACGACAUUCCCACGGAGACAGCGGACGGUGACCUGCUGUCUGACGCCGACGUCAUCCUCAGGGGAAAUGGACUCACGCUAAGCACCCAGGCCGAGGGUCUCUCUUUGCAACCCUAUGAAGAGUACCACAGUGCGGUGAGGCUCGUGCCAGAGAACUUCCUGGAUCACACCACCAAGAGGGAGAUCGACCGCGACCAACUGAUGACCGUGCUUGUCAACCUGAGCCACCUCCUCAUCAGAGCUAACUACAACACCGCAAAGACGGUUCUUUACAGGCUGGAUUCUGUCUCUCUGGACAUAGCGAGCCCCAAUGCCAUAGACCUGACAGUCGCCACUGACGUGGAACACUGUGAAUGUCCCCAGGGCUACAUGGGGACCUCCUGCGAGUCCUGCCAGCCUGGCUACUACCGCGUGGACGGCAUUCUCUUCGGCGGGAUCUGCCAGCCCUGUGAGUGCCACGGCCACGCAUGGGAGUGUGACGCACACGGCGUGUGCCUGGGCUGCACACACAACACCACUGGGGACCACUGCGAGCAGUGCCUGCCAGGCUUCUACGGGACGCCUUCCCAGGGGACAGCGGGGGACUGCCGGCGCUGCGCCUGCCCCCUCACCACACCGUCCAACAACUUCAGCCCGAUCUGCCACCUGGAUGAGGAGGAGGAUGUGGUCUGUGACCAGUGUGCCCCGGGCUACGCUGGAACCUGGUGCGAGAGAUGUGCAGACGGUUACUAUGGCAACCCCACCAUCCCCGGGGGAUCCUGCCUUCCAUGUGACUGCAGCGGCAACGUGGACCCCUCCGAGCCCGGUCACUGUGACUCGGUCACCGGGGAAUGCUUGAAGUGCGUGGGGAACACGGACGGCGCCCACUGUGAGAGCUGUGCAGAUGGGUUCUACGGAGACGCCGUGACGGCCAAGGACUGCCGCGCCUGUGACUGCCACGAGAAAGGCUCCCUGUCCAGCAUGUGCCACCGUGAGACUGGGCACUGUGACUGCAGACCCCACGUGACCGGACAACGCUGUGACCAGUGCCUGCCCGGCCACUACGGGCUGGACGCCGGGCUCGGCUGCCUGCCCUGCAACUGCAGCACGGCGGGCUCCACCUCGGACGCUUGCACGGACCAAGGCCACUGUCACUGUGUGCCAGGCGUUGCCGGGAGAAGGUGCGACCGGUGUUCGCAUGGCUUCUACGCGUACCGGGAUGGCGGCUGCACACCCUGCGACUGUGCCCACACUCAGGACAGCUGCGACCCUGAGUCUGGAGAGUGCGUCUGCCCCCCCCACACCCAGGGCCCGAAGUGCGAGGAGUGCGCGGCCCAGCACUGGGGCUGGGAUGCGGAGCGCGGGUGUCAGGCCUGCAACUGCAGCCGCCCGGGCUCCACAGGCCCACAGUGUGACCUGCUGUCUGGUCAGUGCCCCUGCAAGGCCGAGUUUGGUGGGCAGAGCUGUGGCCAGUGCUCGCUGGGCUAUCGGGACUUUCCUGACUGUGUCCCCUGCGACUGUGACCUGAGGGGAACGCUGGCUGCCUCGUGUGCGCUGGACCGGGGCGUCUGCAGCUGCACGGAGGACUCCGGCGCCUGCUCCUGCAAGGAAAACGUCAGCGGGCUGCGGUGCAGCCAGUGUCGCCCUGGCACCUUCGCCCUGCGUGCCCAGGACCCCCGGGGCUGCACACCCUGCUUCUGCUUUGGGCUGUCGCACCUGUGUGGGGAGCUGCAGGGUUACGUGAGGACCGCGGUGACGCUGGGUGCCCCUCAGCCCCUCCUGCGUGUGGUCUCCCAGAGCAACCUGACGGGCACGACUGAGGGCGUGUAUCACCAGGACCCCGACAUCCUGCUGGACGCCGCUGCCCUCCGACACCAGGUCCCCACAGAGCCCCUUUACUGGCGGCUCCCUGAGCAGUUCCAGGGAGACCAGCUCCUGGCCUACGGAGGCAGGCUGAGGUACAGUGUGGCCUUCUACGCCUCCCAUGGCACCGGAACCUUCAACCUGGAGCCUCAAGUCCUCAUCAGAGGAGGCCGGAGCAGGAAGCAAGUGAUCUAUGUGGACGCCACUGUGCUGGAGAACGGAGUGCGGCACGAUCAGGAAGUGGGGAUGAAGGAGGAUUUUUGGAAAUACUUUAAUUCCGUCUCUGAGGAACCUGUCACACGCGAGGAUUUCAUGUCCGUCCUUAGCAACAUCGAGUACAUCCUUGUCAAGGCAUCCUAUGGUCAGGGCCUACAGCAAAGCAGGAUCUCUAACAUCUCCAUGGAGGUUGGCACGGAGGCUGGGGGCCGGCAGCUCACGGGGACGGUGGCGUCGCUGAUAGAGCACUGCGUCUGUCCUCCCGGCACGGCCGGCUUCUCCUGUCAGGACUGUGCCCCUGGGUUCCGUAGACAGAAGCUUCCAGAAGGUGGCAGAGAAUCCUGGCCACUGCUCGCUCCUUGCAUGCCCUGCAGUUGCAGCAACCACAGUGACACCUGUGACCCGGAAACUGGGAAGUGCCUGGACUGCAGGGACAACACAGCUGGGCACCACUGUGAGCUGUGCGCUCCCGGCUACUAUGGGAAGGUGACCGGCACAGCCCAUGACUGCUCCCUGUGCACCUGUCCCCACCGCCACCCGGCCAGUUUCAGUCCCACUUGUGUCUUGGAAGGUGACGGUGGCUUCCGGUGCAAUGCCUGCGUUCUGGGCCACGAGGGCCGGUAUUGUGAAAGGUGCUCCCUGGGCUACUACGGGAACCCUGGACAGUUGGGCGGCAGCUGCCGGAAGUGUGACUGUAGCCCUCAGGGCUCUGUGCACAGCGACUGUGACCUCCUGUCCGGGCAGUGCACCUGCAGGCCGGGGGCCACGGGGCUCCGAUGCGACGGCUGCCAGCUGCGGCACCUGCUGGUGGACAGCAGCUGUGUCUCUUGUGAUGACGAGUGUGUGGGGGUGCUCCUGGACGGCCUGGACCGGGUCGGCGACGCCAUGCUUUCCGUGAACCUCACCGGGAUUUUCCCCGCCCCUUACGGAGUUCUGUCAAACCUGGAAAAUGCGACUAAAUAUCUCCGGGAAUCUUUAAUAAAAGAAAACACCCAAAAGAAUUCGGUGGAAGUCCAACUUGAAGAUGUCGCAAAGCAAACAAAUGACCUGCAAAGUGAGCUUACUGGAGUACUCACGCGAAGUCAGCAGGUGGGCAGGGCUGCAGAGGGGAGCCUCCAGCAGAGUCGAGACCUGGCUGCAUUUGUUGAGCGGCUCCAGAUGGACAUCAGCGAAACCCUUGAAAAGGCCACAAAUCUGAAUCAGACUCUAGAUGAAGAUUUCCAGCUCCCCAAUUCUACUCUUCAGAGUAUGCAGCACAGCAUUGCAUCUUUGCUGGAAAUGAUGCAGAAAAGGCUGUUCACACACUUGCUCCGCAAUGCUACCCUGGAGCUCAAGGCUGCUGAAGAUGUGCUGUCUGCGGUUCAGAAGAAUUUUCAGCUGCCACAGGAAGAGCAGGAAGUUUUGAAGGAGGCAGCCAGGCACCUCCUUUCGAAGCACAUCGGGGAGCUGCAGGCGGCGGGGGAGCUGCUGAGGCGGGCGGAGGCCCAGACCCAGGAGAGCGCCCACCUGCUGCUCCUCAGCGAGGCCAACCUGCAGAGUUUCAGCAAUAAAAAGCUGCAUAUUCAGGAACAGCUCAAUGUGACCUCAGAGCUGGUUGCUGAAGGGAGGAGGCUGAUGGACCUGGCCACGGCCCAGGCAGGCAGUCUACAGACCACGCUGGCGCAGGGGGAGCGUCACCGCGACAAGCUGCUCAUGUGGACAGCCGAACUGAGGAGCCACGUGGAUGGGCUGGUCAUGCAGAUGUCCCAGAGGAGCGUGGUCGACCGGGUCUACAGGGCUGAGGGUCACGCCGCCGAGCUCCAGAGGUCAGCAGGUGUCCUGGACAGCGGCCUUGAAAACGUCAGACAUGUGUCCCUGAAUGCGACCAGCGCGGUGCAUGUCCAUUCCAACAUCCAGAGCCUGACGGGACAGUCGGAGAGCCUGGCCACAGAUGCGCGGGAGAUGGCUAGAAGGACACAGCUGUCCUCGGUGUCCCUCAUCUCAAAGGGGAAGGAGGCUGUGCAACGCACUUCCGGGCUUCUAGCAGGCAGCAGCAGCCUGAGUGGGAAGCAGCGAGGUCUUACACGGAAGCUGAGUGAACUGCAAAGCACAGCAAGCAGAGUUCGGGAGAGCGCAGGAAGACUUGCCUGGCAGACCAGUGAAUCCCUCUCCAUACUGAGAGUGGUCCCAGAAGGUGCUGGAGACCGAGCAGCCAGAACCAAAGAACUGGCUGAAUCUGCCGAUCGGAGUGCGGCAGGAGCAGUGCAAAAGGCCCAGGGACUGAGCCAGAAGCUGCUGGACACAUCUGCUGGCCUGGCCAGAGUGAACGCCACCGUGCAGGAGACACGGGGUCUGCUGCGGGACUCCGCGGUGACCACUCUGUUGGCCGGAAAGAAGGUUAAAGACGCGGAGACACACGCCAGCCUUCUGUUUGAGCAGCUGAAGCCUUUGAGGACUUUAGAGGAGAACCUGAGCAGAAACUUAUCGGAAAUUAAACUGCUCAUCAGCCAGGCCCGGAAGCAGGCGGCCUCGAUCAGAGUGGCCGUGGCUGCAGACCGAGACUGUGUCCGGGCCUACCAGCCGCAGAUCUCCUCCACCAACUACAACACCCUGACCCUGAACGUGCGGAGCCAGGAGCCCGACAACCUGCUCUUCUACCUGGGCAGCAGCGGUGGGGCCGACUUCCUGGCAGUGGAGACACGGCGGGGGAAGGUGGCCUUCCUCUGGGACCUGGGCUCCGGGUCCGCGCGGCUGGAGUUCCCGGACCUCCGAAUCGACGAGAACAGAUGGUACAGCAUCCACGCCACCAGGUUUGGGAACAUUGGCUCACUGAGCGUGAAGGACAUGAGCUCGACUCAGGGCCCCCGGGCAAAGAUGGGCAGAUCCCCGGGGGUGAUGACGGUUCUGGAUGUGAACAACUCCACGCUCGUGUUUGUUGGCGGACUUGGAGGACAGAUCAAGAAAUCUCCGGCCGUGAAGGUCACGCACUUUAAAGGCUGCAUGGGGGAGGCCUACUUGAACGGCCGGUCCAUUGGCCUGUGGAACUACAAGGAGCGCGAGGGCCGGUGCCGCGGCUGCUUCGGCAGCCCCCAGAACGAAGACUCGUCCUUCCACUUCGACGGCAGUGGCUACUCCGUGGUGGAGAAGGCCACGCGGGCCACCGUGACUCAGGUCGUCAUGCUCUUCAACACUUUCUCCCCCAACGGGCUGCUUCUCUACCUGACUUCAAACGGCACUAAAGACUUUCUGUCCGUCGAGCUGGUCCAUGGCAGGGUCAGAGUUAUGGUUGAUCUGGGGUCAGGACCUCUCACUCUCACCACGGACCGGCGGUACAACAACGGGUCCUGGUACAAAAUCGCCUUCCAGCGAAACCGGAAGCAAGGGCUCCUGGCUGUCAUCGACGUCUACAACACCAGCGACAAAGAGACCAAGCAAGGCGAAUCCCCAGGAGCCUCUUCCGACCUCAACCGUUUGGAUAAGGACCCAAUCUACGUGGGCGGCCUGCCGUGGUCAAGAAUUCCCAGGAAAGGCGUAACGAGCAAAAGCUACGUGGGCUGCAUCAAGAACCUGGAAAUUUCCAGGUCCACCUUUGAUUUGCUCCGGAACUCCUACGGCGUGGGCAAAGGCUGCGUCCUGGAGCCCAUCCGCAGCGUCAGCUUCCUGAGAGGCGGCCACGUGGAACUGCCACCCAGGCCCCUGUCGCCGGACUCCAGACUGCUGGCCACAUUUGCCACCAAGAACAGCAGCGGCCUCAUUCUGGCUGCCAUCAGCCGGGAUGCGGAGAAGCAGGGCAGGCGGCCCACAGAUGUGCCCUUCUUCGCCAUCAUGCUGAUCGAUGGCCACGUCGAAGUGCACGUCAGCCUCGGGGACAGGACCAGCCUGCGGAAGGCCCUGGUGCACGCUCCCUCGGGCUCCUAUGGCGAUGGGCAGGAGCAUUCGGUCUCCGUGGUGAGGACUCAGAGAACUGUCACUGUGCAGCUGGACGAGGCGAAGCCUGUGGAGAUGCGGCUGGGUCCGGCGGCGGAAGGCAGGACGAUCGGUACGUCCACCCUGUACGUGGGCGGCGUCCCCGAGGAGGCCCAGACCUCGGUGCUCAAGAGCAGCUUCUUCUCCGGCUGCAUCAAGAACCUCAUCUUCAACAUGGAACUUCUAGAUUUCACCCGUGCCAUGGCCUCGGAGCACGUGGACCUGGACAGCUGCUUGCUGUCAGAAAGGCCUGAGCCAGUCCCUGGCGUGGAGGACGAGGAGCUGCUGUCUCAGCCCCAGGCUGUCCCGCGGCCGGGCCGGUGUGCGGUAGACACAGCUCCGCAGUUUGUUUCCGGCGCACACCAGUUCGGCCUCUUGCAGAACAGCCACUUGGUGCUGCCUUUCAACCACACAGAGGUCAGGAAGAGGCUCCUGGUCCAGCUCAGCAUCCGGACGUUCACCUCCAGCGGCCUGGUCUUCUACACGGCCCACCAGAACCAAGUGGACCACGCCACACUGCAGCUCUACGGUGGCCGCCUUGCCUUCUUCUUCGACCUGGGCAAGGGCCGGACCCACAUCUCUCACCCCACGCUGAUCAACGAUGGCAAGUGGCACACGGUGAAGGCAGAGUACUUUAAAAGAAAAGGCUCUGUGACCGUUGAUGGCCACGAAUCCCCCAUGGUGACCACGGUGGGCGACGGAACCUCACUGGACGUGGAGGGGAAGCUGUACCUCGGGGGCCUUCCCCCCAACUACAGGGCCCGGAACAUCGGGAAUGUCACACACAGCAUUGCUGCCUGCAUCGGGGAGGUGACGGUGAACAGCAAGCCCCUGGACACGGACAGCCCAGCGUCUGCCUUGGCAGUGGACAGGUGCUACACGGCGGCCGAGGAAGGGACGUUCUUCGAAGGCAGCGGCUACGCAGCUCUGGUCAGAGAAGGCUACAGGGUGCGGUCAGACUUAAACAUCUCCUUCGAGUUUCGCACCUCCUCUGAGAACGGUGUUCUCCUGGGGAUCAGCAGCGCCAAGGUAGACGCCCUCGGCCUAGAGAUUGUCAGCGGCCAGGUAGGCACCAUCUCUAUGGGUCCCCUGCCCCGUGACCGGCAGUUCACGAUUUCAGUGCCUAUGGUCAUACUCCCGGGGAGAGCUGGUGUGUGUGCAGAGCGCGUCUUCAUCCUUCCCACGUCCCCUCCCUCCGUGUCUGGAUUCCCUCUCUUAGCAUAUUUGUUUGAUGGGUGGGUUUGAGACAAGGUCUCACUGUGUGGCCCAGGCUGACUGUGAAAUCAC